CCCAGAAACUCCAGGCCGUUCCCUUUCCACGGUCUGGGUUCAAACGUGGCCUGUACUUAAACACUGGUACCGAAGCGCCUGGGACAGAAAGCCAGAGAUGGCUUUGAAGCUCACUCCUGCCCCAGUGCACCCGCCUCCUAUCCCGGGAAACUAUUGUUUGUUUCCCAGUGCCCUGGGAUACGUGUUGGCUCUGCCCUCGGUCGUGCUGGUCCUGAGUGGAGCUGGGGAAGUGUGUCUCCUACGAAUUCUGUCCGCAGGUGCUGCCAGCCAUAAGCGCCCCCACCUGCGCUAUGGGCUCAGAAGUCUGGGUCGGCACUUGGCGGCCACAUCGGCCCCGCGUCCCCAUCGCGGCGCUCUACCGAGGCCCGGGGCCCAAAUACAAGCUGCCACCGAACACCGGUAGCAAGGGCGGAUGCAGGGGAGGAAACAGGGAAGGUGGGACUGUGGGCGGUCUACACUGGUGCCUGGAGUCCAGGAACAGGAGAGCUGUGCCGAAGCAAAAAAGGGAGGCCAAAAGAUAAGAGGUUACAAACUGCACGACCCAUCUCGGCCGCGAGCCCCCGCCUUCUCCUUCGGCUCGCGUCUUCCCUUGCGGCAUGCAACCUGCGGACCGGGGCCGACUUACCUGGUGCCUGCCGGCAUGACUGCGCGCGGCAGCGUUGUCUCCCCGGCCUUCUCCAUCUACGGUCGCCUAAGCCACAUAACGCCUGUCCUCACUCCGGGACCGGGCAGGUACUUCCCAGAACGUGCGGGAAAUGUGACGUAUCCCAGCGCCCCUCGGCAUACCAUCGCUUCCCGAAACUGGGGCAUCGUCUCAAAGCAACAAACCCCAGGCCCUGGGUCCUAUACCGUGCCUUCGCUCUUGGGCUCACGUGUCAUAGGCAAAGUCUCAGCUCCAACUUACUCCAUCUACGGCCGCAGCGCUGUAGGCAGCUGCUUCGAGGACCUCAGCAAGACCCCAGGCCCUUGUGCCUACCACGUUGUGAACCCAGGGAUCUACAAGGAUCGAGCCCCGCAGUUCACGAUGCUGGGGCGGACUUUGCCACCAAAGAGCCCCAAAGAUCCAGGACCCGCAUCCUACGCCGUGGACAAGCACCGGAAGCCUCCUCCUGGCUGGACCUUCGGGAUCAGGCACUCAGACUACCUGGCCCCCAUGAUACAGUACCGCGUGGACGACUGACGCCAGCAAGCACGCAUGCACGGGCCCUCGGUUGUUUAUUUAAAGCUUUCAAAGUCA